AGGCGCUGGGUGGCCCUGUAUUGGGUGUGGUUACUCUUCCACGUGGGCCGGGCCCAAAUGGAGGCCGAUGACAAGCCGAAUAUUGUCCUGAUAAUGGCAGACGACCUUGGGAUCGGAGACCUGGGCUGCUAUGGCAACGACACCUUAAGGACCCCCAACAUCGACAGCUUGGCUAGAGACGGCGUUCAGCUGACCCAGCACAUCUCCGCGGCCUCCGUGUGCACCCCCAGCCGAUCCGCGUUCCUCACGGGAAGGUACCCCAUCCGGUCAGGGAUGGUUUCGGCUGAAAAUGACCCUGUCAUCUACUCCCUCGCGGCCCGUUCUGGACUCCCUCUUAAUGAAACGACAUUUGCAGCCUUAGCCAAGAAGCAAGGAUAUAGCACGGCGAUUAUUGGGAAAUGGCAUCAGGGCUUAAACUGCCACUUCCGAAGUGACCACUGCCACCAUCCGUAUAAGUAUGGUUUUGAUUACUUCUAUGGCAUGCCACAUAGUCUGUUUGACACCUGCUGGCCGGAUCCUUCUCGUGACACAGAAUUAGCCAUUGGGAGGAGAGUCUGGAUCUGUGUACAGCUGCUCGCCUUGGCUGUGCUCACGCUCACUCUAGGGAAACUGACUCACCUGAUCUGCAUCCCCUGGUCCGUCAUCUUCUUCAUGAUUCUUUUUGUGCUCCUCCUGAGCUACUUUUGGUUAUCCAGUUUUUCGUCUUCACUGUACUGGGAUUGCCUCCUCAUGCGUGAGGAAGAAAUUACCGAGCAGCCCAUGAAAGCAGAAAGAGCAGGGUCCAUCAUGGUGAAGGAGGCCAUUUCGUUUUUAGAAAGGCUGGAUUCAGCAUGGAACAAAACAGGCCCAAAUUUCCACCUUCGUGGCAUUUGUAUUCUUGUGGAAAGAGGAAAAGGCAUGGCAGGCUGGGAAGGUGGGAUCCGCGUGCCUGGACUUUUCCGAUGGACUGGGAGAUUGCCAGCUGGAAAUGUCAUCAAUGAACCUACAAGCUUGAUGGACAUCCUUCCGACUGUUGCAGCUCUGAUGGGAGGAAUUGUCCCUCAGGACAGGGUGAUUGACGGCCGAAACCUCAUGCCCUUGCUUCAGGGUGAGGUCCAGCAAUCGGAGCAUGAGUUUCUGUUUCACUACUGCAGUAGGUUCCUCCACGCCGCACGUUGGCACCCGAAGGACAGUGAGGCCGUGUGGAAGGUUCAUUACGUGACACCCACAUUCCAGCCUCCAGGAGCUCAGGCGUGCUAUGAGGAAGGCCUGUGCCAAUGCACAGGGGACAUGGUCACCUACCACGACCCUCCCCUGCUCUUCGACCUGUCCCGGGACCCCGGCGAGUCGACCCCGCUGACCAACGACACGGAGCCCCUCUAUGACUUAGUCAUCAGCACGGUGGCCGACGCCCUCAGGGAACACAGGAAAACCAUCACCCCCGUUCAGCUGCAGCUUGGGACCGACCUGAAUCGGCGGUUUGUGUCGCUGAUGCCCUGUUGCGGGGUGUUCCCCUUCUGUAUGUGUGACAAAGAAGGCAGACACUGA